AUGCUUGGGUUUGCCUUGUCACGUGUGGCUUUGCAAGGUGACUCGUCGUAUUUAAUCCGUGGUACAAUCGCUGAGGUCAGAUGUACAAUUGCCUGCACUGAGGAUUGCAUCUCAAAAAAUGUAACUGCAGAAACAGGAACCAGUAGUAGUGAUAAAUCAUCAGUAAACUCUCUAAGUGGGACCAAAACCUAUGGAGGGGGAAGAUGGACCAGAGAUGUGUCACUAUCCGACAGGGCAAUAAGUAGUGGGAAGAAUGUAACACAGCCCAUCUCAAUUCUUGCUCUCAAGGCAGAGUACGUUGACAUGACUUCUGUCAGCCUAACAUGGGCGGUGAACGACACUGAUUCCAGCUCCUACACGUAUAGGAUAGAGGUUGUAAAUGGUAUCACUGUUAGGAACCUCACAUCCAAUAUCACCAAAGCUGAAAUUACAGAGUUAAUGCCUGGGAUGUGGUAUAAUUUCACAGUAUUUGCAGUAGCAAAUGAUGAUGAGACAGAAGGAGAAGGACUGUCCAUAUACCUGUAUACCAAGCCCAACCCAAUCCACGAUCUCAAGGCAGAAUAUGUUGGCAUGACUUCUGUCAAUUUAACGUGGGUGGUGAACGACACUGAUUCCAACUCCUACACGUACAGGAUAGAGGUUGUAAGCGGUACCUCUGUUAGGAACCUGACAUCCAGUGUCACCAGAACUGAAAUUACCAAAUUAAUCCCUGGGAUGAUGUACAGUUUCACAGUAUUCACAGUGGCGGCUGAUGGUCAGACGGAAGGAGAAGGAUUGUCCAUACGUGUAUAUACAAAGCCCAACCCAAUCCACGAUCUCAAGGCAGAAUAUGUUGGCAUGACUUCUGUCAAUUUAACGUGGGUGGUGAACGACACUGAUUCCAACUCCUACACGUACAGGAUAGAGGUUGUAAGCGGUACCUCUGUUAGGAACCUGACAUCCAGUGUUGACAAAAGUGAAAUUACUGAGUUAAUCCCUGGGAUGAUGUACAGUUUCACAGUAUUUGCAGUGGCAGCUGAUGAUCACACGGAAGGAGAAGGAUUGUCCAUACGUGUAUAUACAAAGCCCAACCCAAUCCACGAUCUCAAGGCAGAAUAUGUUGGCAUGACUUCUGUCAAUUUAACGUGGGUGGUGAACGACACUGAUUCCAACUCCUACACGUACAGGAUAGAGGUUGUAAGCGGUACCUCUGUUAGGAACCUGACAUCCAGUGUCACCAGAACUGAAAUUACCGAGUUAAUCCCUGGGAUGAUGUACAGUUUCACAGUAUUUGCAGUGGCGGCUGAUGGUCAGACGGAAGGAGAGGGAUUGUCUAUAAGCCUGUGUACAAAGCCCAACCCAAUCCACGAUCUCAAGGCAGAAUAUGUUGGCAUGACUUCUGUCAAUUUAACGUGGGUGGUGAACGACACUGAUUCCAACUCCUACACGUACAGGAUAGAGGUUGUAAGUGGUACCUCUGUUAGGAACUUGACAUCCAGUGUCACCAGAACUGAAAUUACCGAGUUAAUCCCUGGGAUGAUGUACAGUUUCACAGUAUUCACAGUGGCGGCUGAUGGUCAGACGGAAGGAGAAGGAUCAUCCAUCUACCUGUAUACAAAGCCCAACCCAAUCCACGAUCUCAAGGCAGAAUAUGUUGGCAUGACUUCUGUCAAUUUAACAUGGGUGGUGAACGACACUGAUUCCAACUCCUACACGUACAGGAUAGAGGUUGUAAGCGGUACCUCUGUUAGGAACCUGACAUCCAGUGUCACCAGAACUGAAAUUACCGAGUUAAUCCCUGGGAUGAUGUACAGUUUCACAGUAUUUGCAGUGGCGGCUGAUGGUCAGACAGAAGGAGAAGGAUUGUCCAUAUACCUGUAUACAAAGCCCAACCCAAUCCACGAUCUCAAGGCAGAAUAUGUUGGCAUGACUUCUGUCAAUUUAACGUGGGUGGUGAACGACACUGAUUCCAACUCCUACACGUACAGGAUAGAGGUUGUAAGCGGUACCUCUGUUAGGAACCUGACAUCCAGUGUCACCAGAACUGAAAUUACCAAAUUAAUCCCUGGGAUGAUGUACAGUUUCACAGUAUUCACAGUGGCGGCUGAUGGUCAGACGGAAGGAGAAGGACUGUCCAUAUACCUGUAUACAAUUCCUGCCUUAGUAAAUUCAUUUCAGUGUGAACCAGUGGCCAAGCAUUCUUCCCUAAUGCUGAAGUGGGAGUGUCCUUCUGGUAACAACUCUGGCUUCAAAAUUAAAAUAUUGAAUAAUACGUGGGAAAAAGAGGAACAGACUCCAUCCUGCAUGGGAGAAGGCUCAGAGGAAACCUUCAGAACAGCGUCUUUAGAUUAUUUCAGGACUUAUAUUGUUACUAUUGCAACUCUUUCCAAUAGUUCUGAAAGCCCUCCAGUACAGAAAAUAUGUAAUACAAGCAUUACUGACCCACCUGCUCCAAGCAAAGCUCCUUUAGUCAAGGCAGUCGGUCACAGCUCAUUGUCUGUUGAAUUCUCUGAUUUUGAGUCAGUGAAUGGACCAUUAAAAGCCUAUGCAGUAAUGAUCACAACAGAAGAACAAGGUUGUAGGUCUUUGAAGUCUAAAUUGAACAACACAUACAAAGACUUCAAGAAGACGAUGACAGUCACCUAUGUAACAUAUGUCAUAAAUACAGAAGAGAGAAAAUCACCUUCUUUCCAUCCUCAGAACGGUACAAACAUCGUUAAUGUAGGCAAGGGAAACACAAUGUAUGGCUACGAAAACGGACCAUUGUUUCCACUUCGUUCAUACAGAGCAAGUGUUGCGGGUUUCACUAAUAUAACCUUUAAUGUGGCCGACAUCAUUGUGGGGGAAGAUAGUUAUGUAUCAUUUUCACCCUGUUCUGAGGCGGUUUUGCUACCCCAGGAUCCAGGUGUUAUUGCUGGAGCUGUUAUUGGAUGCCUUUUAGCUAUAUUGGCUGUAGUCGCUGUAGGGGGUUUCAUAUUCUGGAGGAGGAGAAGGAAAGAUAAAAGAAAUACUGAAGUGUCCUUUUCUCCAAUUAAAAUCAAGAAAUCAAAAAUGAUUAAAGUGGAGAACUUUGAGUCCUACUUCAAGAAGCAGCAAGCUGACUCCAACUGUGGUUUUGCUGAAGAGUAUGAGGAACUCAAGUCUGCUGGUGUUCAUCAGCCCAAAUUUGCUGCUGAACUUGCUGAGAACCGAGGAAAAAAUAGAUACAACAACGUGUUACCAUAUGAUAUUUCUCGUGUUAAACUUUCAGAUCAAAGCUCUACAACUGAUGAUUAUAUUAAUGCAAACUAUAUGCCUGGCUAUAACUCAAAGAAGGCAUUUAUUGCUGCACAGGGUCCUUUACCCAAUACUAUAGAAGACUUCUGGCGCAUGAUUUGGGAGAAGAAUAUCUACUCUAUUGUUAUGUUGACAAAAUGUGUUGAACAAGCCCGGACAAAAUGUGAGCAAUACUGGCCAGACAAACAGUCCAAGAGCUAUGGUGACAUUAUUGUGACAAUGGUCUCAGAGGUUGUCCUUCCAGAAUGGACAAUAAGGGACUUCACUGUAGAAAAGUGCAACACACCAGAGAGCCACACAGUGCGCCAGUUCCAUUUCACCUCCUGGCCAGAUCAUGGAGUGCCAGAGACAACAGACCUUCUCAUCAACUUUAGACACCUUGUUCAUGAGUACAGCAGUCAAAAUCCAAUUGACUCUCCUACUCUGGUGCACUGCAGCGCUGGUGUCGGGAGGACAGGGACCUUCAUUGCCAUCGACCGCCUGAUUCAGCAGGUUGAAAUGGAGAAUACUGUGGAUGUGUACGGAGUGGUUUAUGAUCUUCGCAUGCACCGACCUUUGAUGGUGCAAACUGAGGACCAGUACGUCUUCCUAAACCAGUGUGUAAUGGAUAUUAUUAGAUCCCAGAAAGACAAGAGAACCGAUCUUAUUUACCAAAACAUGACAGCAAUGGCAAUCUAUGAAAAUUUCACACCGGGGCCAGGCUUUGGGAAGGCCAAUGGCUACCACGCGUAGCCUGGACAGAAUGCGGUGUCUCCAGGAGGUGUUACCUGCGCAGAGGAAGGGAAGAUGUUCUGCUCAUGUUUUCCAGGAUUCUGUGCAGUGUCUCGUGUCUGGCUUCUCCAGGACUGUCCACAUUAGAAGAUGUGAUCUACAGGAAGAAAACCACAAUGCUGGCAGGAGCCACAGAUUGAUAGCAAAAAAAAAAAAAAAUAACAAACAAACAAAAGCAAACCAACAAACAAAACUAUUUAAAGUUAACAGGGGAAUCCUGCUUUUUGUUGGGAAUUUAACAGUACUGAUAGGUGAAAUAGCAUUUGCAGUAUGAACAGUGAACUAGAAUUUAAAUAUUAAAAUAAUAACACAAGCUUUUUAUUACAAUUUUAUAUGACUUCAUUUACAGACACCAGGCUUGUGGGCUCUUUUAAUAUAUUUAAUUAUAAGUUUCAGGAACAUAUUUUAUCUACUGUAUCUGGUUACUUAGCUAAUAGAUAUGUGCCUCUGUGAUUAUUUUUUUUUCCUGUGUUCCUUUUUAUUUAAAAAAGGAGUAUAAACAGCUCCUUCAAGUGGACAUUUAUACUUGGAAUUUGUGCCUUUUCUAGUUGCUACUCUAGAAAAAAAAACAGCAGAGAUUCUAUUUUUGUACUGAAACUCUUAAUGAGAACACAGAUUUUUUUAAAUAAGGCUUAUGUCAAACGUAACUGUAGUUGCACUGUUGGCAGGACUCUCCAGAAGUUUGGAGGUGAGCUUUGUUUUUUGCAUUUCACCACAAAUAUCCCCUGCCUUAAUGUUUCGGUGCCUCUGCUAGAGGAAAAAGGAGUGUGGUCUGUCAUUCCGAGCUUUAACUAUAGUAAAAAAAAAAAAAAUGAGCAAGUGAAUACAUGAAUGUGUGUGCGGGGGUGUGUGUGGGUGUGUAUGAAGGACAGAAUAGCUCCUCCCUGUUCCUGGCUGAUAUUCCUGUUUUUAUACAAUUUAUAGUGAUUUAUUUAAAGGUGCAAUAUAUAAUUUACUGAAUAAUGAUCACUCUAUUUUAAUAGAGUUUUACUCAGGUUGGUGUCUUUUUAUCAUUGUUGUUGUUUUUCCUCAAAUAUAUAAAUCUGUGAAAAUGUUGAAACUAAGGUUCCAAGCGUUCAAGCACUCCCAAACAGAUUGACUGGCUUUACUGUUUCUACCAAAACAAAUUGCACAAAGUUCUGCUGUAAAGACCAAUUUCUCAGUUCUUUUAGCCAUUCAAAACUGAGACACAUCUUACCUGACUGCAUCUCAUUGAUCUAAUGUAAUUGUUUUAUAAUUAUUUGCAAUAUAGUGCUGCUGUUGUUUUAACUAGUCCUUUUAAAAACAGAACAAACAAGCAGAAAACCCCUAGUUGUUGAUUUUACAAGUCAAGGAUGAGAUUGGAUUUAUUUUGCUGGUACAUAACUGUUAGACUUACGAAGGCAUUACCAAUGAAGGACUUCUGAAGUAGCUGGGGGGGGUUGUUUUUUGGUCUUUUGAUCAUUGCACUGGUUGCAUUGCAGAGGAGUAUGAAGUUUAUGAAUAAUGCUAUAGAAUAGCUAUAAAGUGGUGAAAAUCUUAUGAAGGUUUAAUAACCAGAGUCCCUGGAAUUCUGCUGCUUUUUUUUUUUUUGUCUGUGUUUUAGGGUUUUUGUUUGUUUUAACAAAGUUGUCAGAAAAAGCUACAGAUACUAGGAGUAUGUGUGGCAUGACAGUGGAACCUGGCAACCUUAUGGAAUCCACUGUCAGCUGAAGGAAGAUGUAGGAAUUCCUGGUGCACAACUGUAACUUUACAGAUGUCCAGAGGAAUUUUUUACAAUCUGGUGUGAAAUUGUGGUGUGCUGUGUGUGAGCAAAACUGGAGGACAAACCACAGUGCACUUCAGCUUUUGGUUUUUGUGUGGGUUUUUUUUUUUUUUUUUUUGUUUUGUAGCAGCCACUUGUGGUUUCUCGAAUACUUUUUUUUUUCCCUCUCUCUGAGAUACUUUAAAACAAUAAAUAAUAAAAAAAAAAAAAAAAACAAAAAAAAAAACACAAACAAACAAACCAAACACGAGGUUAAUGAUCCUGCCCAAUUCCAUCCAAACUGGCAGACCACAUAGUGGAUCUCUCACCUGGCAUUUGUUCUAAGCUGCUGUCAGAUGACACACAAAGAUAAACCACUUGGACCAAACAGAACCAUUCCAAAGGAACUGGGAGGGAGGAAAGUCUGCCCCUUUACAGUCAUGUUAUUUUUUCCUCUCUUAAUCUUUUAAUUACUGCACAUCUGUGCAGAGCACAGAGCUAGCAUUCAUUAUUCCAGGUCUCCCAAGAACUUGCUGCCGUAGGGUGGCGAAUGCUGUCUCUCUUCAGAAGGCUCGUGUUUUCUAUAGCACAGAGGAGGAGGAGAUUAAUUUUUCUGCGCUAGAUCCUCCUUGGAUAGUUUGCAUUAUAUUGCAGCAGAACAUCAGAAAACUAGCUGGAAUGGCACGUGGUUUUGCCUAGCCAGCACUCAGAUACUCUUACAGAAAACAAACAUAGCUGUCCCAUUGUUUUGAUUUUGGAAGCAGGCGCCGAAUUCUCACUUGUGUCAUCAUCUCGUGAGUAUCCAUUUUUAAUACAACUGCAUACAUGUGUUUUCCCAAAACUGACUCAUUGUGAGAAGAGAUUGAAGUUUGAAGUAAAUCACCUGCUGAUCCCAGGUAUAGGUGGAAAAAGUUGGUAAGGCUUAAAAUGCUGUAAACAAAGUUGUCUGGCUGUGAAUAAGUAGAACAUGCUUGCAUGCUUACAAGAGGAGGAUUACAGGUAACGCUCUACUGCCUUGUGGAUCUGUCUUGGUCGUGAUGACUUGAAUUCCUGCAAAUACUUUUUCCCUGCCUUCUGAUGUUCUCUGUGUUAUAAUUGCUGAGAUCUGUCUCUGGUCAGUUUUUUCUCUCGCUGUUGCUUAUCUUAAGCUAUCCGCUUUUCAGGCUGAAAGCUCUACUGUGUGGCAGUUGCAUUUCUGUUCUACUCUUUUUCCCAUUUGGGGCCUGCUUAAGAAGGGAAAAGUUGAUGUGUUUCAAAUAAGUGACUGUUGAAUAUCUUGAAAUGAUGUACAAAUUUUAUUGUUUUCAUAUUUGUUGUACAGGAAAUUUCAGCACAUGUCUAUGUUUUUAAUGGUUUGAUUUGUUUUUAAAGAUAUAAAAAUAACAAUUAAAAAGCAUCAUCCUA